AUGCUGCGUCAGGUAGCGGCUGUGUGCCUGGCACUCCACGCGAGUGCCGCUCAUUCAUUUGCGAUCGGCGAUGAAACAUUCGAUUAUGUUGUUGUGGGUGGUGGUACCGGCGGGAGCGUUGUUGCGACACGCCUCGCGCAGCAUUCCUUUAAAGUCGCGCUAGUUGAAGCGGGAGGGCUUUACGAGCUUGAGUCUCUGGCAGCGGUCCCCGCGGCUGAUGUGAUUCCAGUGGGAUCAGAUCCAAAUACGCAGUCCGCGAUCGAUUGGGGCUUUGUAACGAAGGGGCAACCGGGUGCGAACGGGCGCGCGAUCCAUUAUGCGCGGGGGAAAUGUUUGGGAGGAUCAUCAGCCUUGAACUUUAUGGUCUACCAGCGACCAACCCGCGAAUCGAUGCAAGAAUGGGCCGACGCGGUCGACGACAGCAGCUACACCUUCGAUGAAGUCCUCCCUUUCUAUAAACGAAGCGCACACUUCACGCCCCCAAACACCAAACUGCGAGCUGCCAACGCGACCACUGGGUAUAGAGAGGAUGCGUUUGACUCAUAUGGCGGGCCACUGCAGGUGUCAUACUCGAACUAUGCCAUGCCCUUUUCAUCCUGGAUGAACCUCGGGAUGCAGGCAAUUGGAAUCAACGAAACGCGGGACUUCAACUCGGGCUCUUUGAUGGGGGCGCAGUAUUGUUCGUCGACGAUUGAUCCAUCCAGCGAGCUUCGCAGCAGUUCACAGUCGUCCUUCCUUACCUCUACCAACCUGGAGACUCUAAAGACAUACUCCAACACGCUCGCGAAGAAGAUCAUUUUCAACGAGCAGAAGAAAGCAACUGGCGUGCAAGUGAAGGGAAUUCUGGGAAAUAUAUUCACUCUCACGGCCUCGAAGGAAGUGAUUGUCUCCGCUGGGGUAUUCCAAUCGCCUCAGCUUCUGAUGGUGUCCGGUGUCGGUCCAUCAGACCAGCUGGAGAAGCAUGACAUCGACGUCGUUGCCGACCGACCAGGUGUUGGGCAGAAUAUGUGGGAUCAUCCGUUCUUUGCCCCUACCUAUCGAGUGCGGGUCGACACCCUCACUAAGGUGGUGACCAACUUCCUCUACGCGGCCGGCCAACUUCUGACCAGCGCUGCGACGAAGUCCGGCCCUCUGACAAACCCGGUCGCGGAUUUCCUGGCCUGGGAGAAGAUUCCGCAAACUCUGCGCUCGAAGUUUACCCCGAGGUCGAAGCGUGCUUUGGCUGGAUUCCCUGAGGACUGGCCAGAGGCAGAGUAUAUCUCAGGUGCCGGGUUUAUUGGAAAUGCUUCCAACCUGAUUGCAGAUCAGCCCGCAGACGGUUACCAAUAUGCAUCCAUCCUGGGGGUUCUAACAGCACCUCUGUCGCGAGGCAACAUCACUCUGCAGUCCGCCGAUACUUCCGACCUGCCCGUAAUUAACCCCAACUGGCUCGGUAACGCUACCGACCAGGAAGUUGCCGUCGCCUUGUUCAAACGAAUCCGCGCGGCCUUCCAAAGCGAGGCCAUGGCACCCGUGGUCAUCGGGAAGGAAUACUGCCCUGGCGUUGAAGUUCAGAGUGACGCCGAGAUCCUUGAGUAUGUUAAGAACAACAUCAUGACUCUGUGGCACGCAGCUUGUACCUGCAAGAUGGGCAAACCCGACGACAAGAAAGCUGUGGUGGACUCUCAGGCACGCGUCUAUGGAGUGCAGGGAUUGCGUGUGGUUGAUGCUAGCUCGUUCCCCUUCCUUCCCCCGGGUCACCCCCAGUCGACAGUUUAUAUGCUUGCUGAGAAGAUCUCGGAUGCGAUCAUUCAGAGCGCUUAG